GUCAUCGCUGUCAAUCCGGUUCCCAUUGGACAGAGAAGGCCUGGCGUAUGUCAAAUGACACCAUCACGCAGCCUCCCGACCUGUCCUUGAAGUACGGAGCAGUCAAAAUGGUCGCAUACUGGAGACAGGCUGGCCUGAGCUACAUCCGCUUCUCCGCCAUCUGCGCCAGUGUUGUGCGGGCUGCGCUGAAGCCGCAGUUCAAAACCGAGGCGCUGAAGGCCGCAGAAGCCAACGUCAAAAUCCUCAAGCCCAAGACGGCAUGAUGUGAACCUGUGGUGUAAAUAGUUUUUUCCUGGGUUGUGAGGCCCUGUUGCCCUCCUGUCCUUCAAAACAUGGAGAAGAAAGCGAGAAGAGCUGGGAAACAUCUUGUUGACCCGUUGGAGACCGGGACCUGAAUGAAAUUGUCCUUUUUCAUUUGUAAUUAAAAAUGACUGGUAAACGA